CAUAAUACAGUGGAACAAUUGUGUUCUAUUGUAAGUCAAAUUCAUUGUUCGAAAUAGUUGAUACUAUAUAUUCCCAAAAUUUAAUUUACUUUUGUUACAUUAUGUUUACCGAAAAUUACUAUUCUAAUCUUUUUGAUGUAAUACAGAAUCAAUAAACAUUAUAUGCAGAUAGUUGCAUGGAGACAAUUUGAUGUUGCUCCUACAAAUUCCUCCUCUCAGUUAUGUUGUCUUUGAUUCGGCCCUUUAUGUAAACAGUGAAGUAUAAUAUUGUCGCUCAAUGUCAUGUAAUUGAGGGUACUGAAAUGUUACACCGCUGGUCCUAGAGUACAGAACAUGUUCGCCAGCAGCAGCUCCAUGUGACCCAACGUAUUCUAUUUAUAAAAGAGCGGUACAGGGCACCAGGCUGACAUAUGUCAGGUCGCCAGACAACAAGACAUUUUCCUGCAGGAGACUUCACACUGGAAGGAAAGCAUGUGAGGUGUCAGAAUGGAUGACUUGGAUCACAGCAUGUGCAUUGCCAAGGAGGAAUGGUCCAACUUCUUUAAGGAGAGUGAGGAGUGCUGCUUGCCGCAACCUCUUCUUGCCCGCCCUGAGGGCCUUCGUUGUCCAAUCCCCUUGGAUUCAGCUGCUCAGUCCCUGCAGAGCUUAGAUGAGAAUAAUACAGCUUGUGUUCAAAUGGAGCUCAUUCACGAUGUAGGCACACGAGAAGAUGAAGAGAUUCAAAUAUGUGAUGAUAUAGGAAGUGGGUACAGAAAGGAGGUACAUAUGAUUAAGGAACGUAGCCCAGAAGAGACCAAGAAAAGCAUCGUGCAAAUACCGGAGGCCGUCAGUGACGUCGCGAGGUCACUUUCAAUCAAGCGUGAAUCAAACGCCAGAUGUCAGGCUGAGGACGGCAACAAAGCUCCCCAGAGAGAAGAGAAAGAGCGCUGGUUUGUGACACUGUCGCUGAAUGACACUCCAGGGUCGCGUCGGGCCUGUGCAACUCCAAAGAAUAAAAGAAGUAAACUACGAAAAGAUACGCGCAAGUCCAGCCGGGAGUCUCAAGACGAUGAAAGUGAGGUGAAUAAAAAUAUCAAUCAAAACGGAAGCAAAGAAAUGGAAGAGCAGAAAAGUUCUUGUCAUGUAGUGCAAAAUGAUUAUAAGGAAACUUGGCAGGAUGUAGAGAAAAACCAGAGACAAAAACCCCUGUAUGGUGAAGAUAUAAAGCAAAACCAUGAAGGAAAAAUCCACGAUGGAAAUAUAAUUCCAGGUACCCUGCAUGAUAUAGCGAAAAACAAUCGAGAAGAAUCCGAUGGUGAUGUAACGAAAAACCCUCGAGAAGGAACUGAGGGUGACGGUGGAGAAGCAACACAUGAAGGUGAUACCACGUUGCAAGUCAAAAUAGAAGGAACCCCGUGUGGUGAUGAAAUUGAGCAAAACGACCAAGAAGGCACAGAUGAAGAUCAUAGAAGGAAGCAAGACGACAUUGAAGGAAGUCCCCAUGGUGACAAUUUAGUGCAAGACAACAGCGAAGGAACCUUGCACGAGGUUGGUACCACGCAACACGAUGGAAACCUGAGUAGUGAUCAUAUAAUGGAGGACAACAAAGAAGGCACCAUACGUGAAUUUUUUCAUUUGGAUCGGGUGGACUCAGAUGAGUUUGAGGACAGUGUUGACUUUUUCACCCUUCACAGUUCUGAUUCUGAAAUGUAUCUCUCGGCUUCGGAAUCUGUGCCUCGGGAGCUCUUUGAGGAGGAUUUGAUUGAAAACCGACCAAGGCAGUGCCAACCCUACUCCUCAUCUUUAUCAUACAACUGGGAUCCAAUUCAGAGUUCUGGUGCUGGGAGCUUGCAGGAUCCUGACUGUAACGGUUCUGGUACGCAAGCUUUUGUUGAAAGCUUGCCAAGCUCCAACCAACAGAAAACGGGUCCGUCAAGAGUCCAAACAGAACCUCACCUCCCAAUAUGUGAUGUUGACUGUCCUCAGUUGGUUCCGGAUGUCAUCAUCACGCCGGUGGUUGACAGCCCCGAAGCGUACGCCCAGGCCGAAGACCGAACGCCGUGCGUCUACGCCAUCUCCGCCUUCUGGGAUGAAAUGGAAAAAUUAACCAUUAAUGAUAUUUUACAGCUGAGGACGGGGAAAAGCUCGCCUUCCACGGAGAUGUCCGACGUACCGUCGCUAAGCAGCUCCCUGGUGGACCCCGAGGAGCAUCAUUUGACAGACGGAGGUCUCACGGAUGUGUCCGACGCCGCCGACUCGGACUAUUUCACACAACCGGACGACUCCAAGGCGGACAGAUCCAGCUGGGAUUUCUCCGUGUGCGAUUUUGAAGAGGACUAUUGGCAAUUUUUGGGCAUUAGUGGGAACCCCAGUCCUGAUCCGAGUUGCAAAACCCAGCAGGAGGAGAACGAGGUGGAAAGUGGAACCAGGAGCCAGACCCCAGUACCAAUCGGGGACUCAAUAAGGCCAAACCCAACGCCCAGAGCGAUGACGAAAAAGAAAAGUGUGCAGAAUGUAUGUGCUCUCAAGGAUUCGUUUUCACAGUCACAUUUACACCAGGAUGAGAAGAAAGGAAACCAUCUGGGAUCGAUAGUAGCGGCACCUGUCCAAGGAGAAGAUCUGGAAUCCCUCUGCAUCUACGAUUCCGAAUGCAUCUCAGGAUGUGACAUGAUUUGUACAUACGAGCAUAAAAUAUCACUAGCCCAGAGCCACAAGUGGAAACCCAUCCCGAUCUUCUCCUGCUCACAUCCGACCGUCAGAGAACUCACCCUCCCCGACUGGAAUUAUCCGUUCUUGAGUGUGGACCUCUCGGAAGAUGACGUUAUUUCACCUGUCCGAAUUGUCUCUCACGCUCUCCGAGUGGCCGAGACUCAAAGCGGGAGGAUCGUACUGUCGUUCGGGAAAAUCCGCUUCCGAGACAAAGGCAGCGUCUGGUGCAGGUCUGAUGGCUGGGAGGUUCUAGGCCAAAGUGAGGAGCACAGUAUCGUUCCUGUGGUGGGAGGAGUUUCCCCUCCGCUACCUGAGCAGCAAAGGAUUGUGGGAGCAAUACAGAGACCAGUGCGACAGGGCGUCUUGUCUACGCUGCAACAGUCUGACAUGUGUUUGGUCUGCAUUGCAUUUGCCUCCUGGGUACUGACAUCAUCAGAUACUCAGUCUGCUGAUGCCUGGAAAGCAGCUCUGCUUGCAAAUGUGAGUGCACUGUCAGCGAUCCAGUACCUGCGACAGAUCAAGUGAAGAUGAAGAAUCCUGAAAAUGACGAUUAUGCAUUUACAUUAGAUGUCAAUUCCAGUCAGUUACAAAUGGGUCCAUUCAUCUGGUAGAUUUAUUCCACUUAAUCAAAACAGUAUGACAGCAUUUCCGGGUUGGUAGCAACUUAAACUAAGAAAUUGUAUCCCAAUAUUUAAAAUAUUGAUGACUAUUUCCAAAGUUAGGAUGAUGAUCGGCUAAGUAAGUGGGGGGUGACUAAUAUAUAUUUUUUGUGCUAUGUUUUUAUGUGUUGAAAUGAAGUUUAGCCUUUAGUUUGCACAAUUCUAUCCAUUAGCCAAGUAAGCUAUUAGUACCUGGACCAUUAUUGAGGAGCGGAAGACAAGCUUAGCUCAGCAGAUUGUCGUUUUCAUGCCGAGCAGAGCUAACCAAGAUGGACUAAACGAAGAAAGCCUGAACGAUACUGAGAAAGUAAGCAUAUAUUUUUGAAAAAUAAAAGGAAACAAAUGCAGUGGGAGUCUGUGUUAAAUAUUGUUGAAGUGAGUUGGGGAGCUUCUUUUAGACAGUGACACUUGUGAUGUUGGGGUCGCAAGGAACUAUGCUGAGUUGAGCAGAUUAAUUGAGGCAAAAAAAUAAUAAUUUGUGA